UUGUAAGCCGAUCCCGCCGCCCAAAGCCAUCAGCCAUCCUUAGCAUAGGGGCACACUCAUGCAUUCCUGUCAAGUCAUCUUGUGAAAGGCUGCCUGCUUCCAGCUUGGCUUGGAUGUACAACCUUAAUAAAACUCACUGAGGUCUGGGAGAAAAGAGCAGAUCUGCUGCAGAUAGUGCGGAGGAAAGGGGCUAGAAUAUGUACUCCAGCUGACUCCUGCAGGCUCCACGCUGAACGCUCACACCCAGAGGAAACAAUAAAUCUCAGCUACUAAUGCAAUAAAUAUCUCAAAUUUUAACGAAGGAAACGAUCAUUACAGUGAAAUAAAAAAAAAAGUUACAUUUUUAGGACAAAGCUAACAAAUGGCUAGUUUUUCUCUGAUUCUUCUUUAAACUAAGUUUUCUUUGAGGGGGAAACAGUCAAACAAGCUAGCAGCAGUCUUUACCUGGAAUAAAGAGUUUAAAAGGACAGAAGAGGAGCGAGCUUUGGAGAGAGAGGCACGCGAGGACCGUGCUGGCAGUACAAUGACAGUUCUCCUCUCCUUUGCUUUCCUCGCUGCCAUUCUGACUCACAUAGGGUGCAGCAACCAGCGCCGGAGUCCCGAGGCCGGAGGGAGAAGAUAUAACCGGAUUCAGCAUGGGCAGUGUGCCUACACUUUCAUUCUUCCAGAACACGACGGCAACUGUCGGGAGAGCACCCCCGAGCAGUACAGCACCAACGCUCUGCAGAGGGAUGCGCCGCACGUGGAACCCGACUUCUCUUCCCAGAAGCUGCAACAUCUGGAGCAUGUGAUGGAAAAUUAUACUCAGUGGCUGCAAAAACUUGAGAAUUACAUUGUGGAAAAUAUGAAGUCGGAGAUGGCCCAGAUACAACAGAAUGCAGUUCAGAACCACACAGCCACCAUGCUUGAGAUAGGAACCAGCCUCUUGUCUCAGACUGCAGAGCAGACCCGAAAGCUGACAGAUGUUGAAACCCAGGUACUAAAUCAAACUUCUCGACUUGAAAUACAACUUCUAGAGAAUUCAUUAUCAACAUAUAAGCUAGAGAAACAACUUCUUCAACAGACAAAUGAAAUUCUAAAGAUUCAUGAGAAAAACAGUUUAUUAGAACAUAAGCUCUUAGACAUGGAGGGCAAGCACAAGGAGGAGUUGGAUACCUUAAAGGAGGAGAAAGAGAAUCUUCAAGGCUUGGUGACUCGUCAAACAAUUAUAAUCCAAGAGUUGGAGAAGCAGCUAAACAGAGCCACCACCAACAAUAGCGUCCUUCAGAAGCAGCAAUUGGAGCUCAUGGACACAGUCCACAACCUUGUCAACUUGUGCACCAAAGAAGGUGUUUUGCUAAAGGGAGGAAAAAGAGAGGAGGAGAAGCCUUUUAGAGACUGUGCAGAUGUGUAUCAAGCUGGUUUUAAUAAAAGCGGAAUCUACACUAUUUAUUUUAAUAAUAUGCCAGAACCCAAAAAGGUAUUCUGCAACAUGGAUGUGAAUGGGGGAGGUUGGACGGUGAUACAGCAUCGUGAAGAUGGAAGUCUGGACUUUCAAAGAGGCUGGAAAGAAUAUAAAAUGGGCUUUGGAAAUCCCUCUGGUGAAUAUUGGCUGGGGAAUGAGUUUAUUUUUGCUAUAACCAGCCAGAGGCAAUACAUGCUAAGGAUUGAGCUGAUGGACUGGGAGGGGAACCGAGCCUACUCACAGUAUGACAGAUUCCACAUAGGAAAUGAGAAGCAGAACUACAGGUUAUAUUUAAAGGGUCACACUGGGACAGCAGGAAAACAGAGCAGCCUGAUCUUACACGGUGCUGAUUUCAGCACUAAGGACGCUGAUAAUGACAACUGUAUGUGCAAAUGUGCCCUCAUGCUAACAGGAGGCUGGUGGUUUGAUGCCUGUGGGCCAUCCAAUCUAAAUGGAAUGUUCUAUCCUGCGGGACAAAAUCAUGGAAAACUGAAUGGGAUAAAGUGGCACUACUUCAAAGGACCCAGUUACUCCUUACGUUCCACAACUAUGAUGAUCCGACCUUUGGACUUUUGAAAGUACCCGUGCCAGGGGUAAUUAUGAAAGCAAAACAGAAAUCUGGACAAGUUAUGAGAUGAGAAACUAUUUGAAAACUUGUAAAACCAGUGAUAUCAUUUCCUUUGCAGCAACAGGUGAUGGUUAAGGGAUGGUGCCUAGGUUCUUGACCGUGGUUUCAGAACCUGUUGAGUCCGCGGGAGUCUGUCUACUGUUGCUGUGUUCACAUGGCUUCACCACGGACAACGUCACUCACUGCCAUGCUUUCAAAGAGAAGAUACUUCUCAGCUGCUCCUUUGCUUCAAAGUACUUCUGGAUUGCAUUUUGCAGCUAUGAAAGCCAGAUGAUAAAUAUGGCUUACUCCAUGUAAAACCAAGUAACCUAAAGACAAAGAAGAAUACACAUGAAGGACUGAAAGAAUGGGAACAGGCUUUCCAAGAUCUUUUGGAGAGAAGUUUUGCAACAGUGAAAUAGUGCUAUCUCCACAUGAAACUCCUAACGUAUGUUAUACUUAUGUAGCUUUACAAUUCUGAUAAAAAGAACAUACAGCAUUGUCCUCUAAGAUGGUUGAAAGAAAUUGGACUUCAGAAACCUACUUCCAAAAUCAUACCAUUUACUUGUUCUCAGCUAAUGCAUAUUCAAAAGCAAGUUCCAUCAUGAUGAAUCACAAUGCAUAGAGAAUAAUCGUGUAAGGUGAAAACAAGCUCCAAGAAUAUGAUUUUUAUACAGAUUUCAGAAAAAAGAAAACUUGGAAUGGAUAUAACAGGUGAAAAAUACGUUUCAUUCUAUAGCAUUUGUUUACUUUAAAGUGGAUUGACUGGUAUACAAAUACAUUUUAUAACCUGAGCAAAGCAUGAAUAAUUUUAAAAUAUUAUCAGGCUCUUAAGACAAUAUACAUACACCAAUAUCCCAUUGGUUUGUUACAGAAAAGUAGUAUUUGAAGUUUACUGAGUUGGAGUAAAAUCAUGUAACUGGAGUGGUUCACUCUACAGUAACUUCCUGCAUGUGUAUACAUAUGUCGACUUCAUUAUUUUAGAAGUAUUUUAAAUCGUCAAUACAUUAUCCAAUUAUUUCACACUAAUUUAAUUUUUGCUAAUUAACUGAAACAUACCAAAUUCACCCUGUUCCUGUUUCUGUAGAAGAUAUACUUUGAAGUCUACAUAAAAUGAGUUAUAAAUAUCAUUGUACAUAGCAUGUUUAUACCCACCCAUAUUAAAUCUAAUAGCUGCUUAAUUGGGAAUAUUCAAUGUUGUCCUUAAUUCAUGCAUAUAAAUAUGAGUGUUCAAAGACAUCUGUGUUAAUUAAAUAUAUCUUCAUGUUUUUUGCCUUCAGGCUCGGCUUCUUUAAGGAAUUUCUUUUUUAAAAAUUGUAUUAGUGGAGAAAAUUGUCGAAACUAUAUAUGGGAAAUACAAAAAAACAUAGUUAUUGGCUGAAUAUUCUGACUGCUAGUGUAAUUGUUUAAUUACAAUAUUUCUAUGGCAUAACCUAAUGUAAGUGAAGUUUGGGGCAGAAUUUUUGUGACAACUUAAAGUUCUUGCAGAAUUUUAUAAGUGCUUUUUGCAUGUUCAAGGUUACAAAAGGGAACAGGUGUUUUUAUAUUCAAAACAUGGCUUACUAUGAAAUAAGAAAAUUGAAAUAGAUAUCAGGUCUCCUUUAUUAUUAAGGAAAAGUAUUUUCUUCAUGGUACUAAUAACAAAAUGUGAGACUUGAUAACUUGACCCAUUAUCAUGCCUUAUGGCUUUCUUCCAUUUGGGAGAAUAAAGCUAUUCAAAGUAUUUAAGAAAGUGUCCUUUAAUGUUUACCAUUAGUGUUUCUGUAUAGUUGUGUAUUUGCCUACAACACCUUUAUGCCUUACCAGCAAUACUUUCAGUAUCACACAGGGUUUCUGCUACUAGUGGCUCUUCCAUAGCACUGCUAAACCUCUCCUAUACCAAGCCUUGUUUUCAAGAAAGAAUGAGAGUUUUGUUUGUUGUGUUCCCACAAAUUUUUUUUUAAACCAGCCUUGAGAUAAGAAAUACUAUUUCCUAAUCCUUUUUACAAAAAAAUAAAAUGAA